UAUAACAGAAAUAUCCCAAAAAGCCCUUCCAACACAUUAUCCUAUCCACAAUUCCCCAUCUCCCAUAAUCUGACACUUCUAUUUUCUUCUGGCUGAAAUCUUCUUUUGAAAUCUCAUGGAUGAGAUUCACAGCCCUUCCCAGUUCUCUCCUCUCUCUCUCUCUCUCUUCUUUCCUCCCUAACAUCCAAAACCUUAAACAAAAAUACUCAAACAAACUCUACCCCUUUUUUGCCAUCUUCAACUCAAAAAUCCCCAUCUAAAAUUCACAAACCAUCAAAUCCCCAGUUAAACAAACCUUGUUUCCAUCAGUUUCGACGUCUCGAUAUCAACCGUGAUCCGUGUUCAUAGGAAGCCAUUAUGAUUCUUGAGUCUUUUCAGAAUUACUAGUGUGUCAAGAUGGUAAGCGUAGCAUUUUGUUUUGCUGUGCUUUUUUGUAGAUUUCUAAGAUGGUAAGGACAAGAAAAAAUGAUGGGGACAUCAGUCCUUAACUAUAAUCAUCAUUUAUUGCCCUCAAAAGAUUUACCUCAGACUUCAGAUUUGAGUUUGAAGCAGAAGGAGCAAGAAUAUUUGUGCCUUCUGAAGAAAUGCAAGAGCUUAGAAGAAUUCAAACAAGUUCAUGUUCAAAUUCUGAAGUUGGGUCUUUUCUUGGAUUCUUUCUGCUCAAGCAGUCUUUUGGCUACUUGUGCUCUUUCAGAGUGGAACAGUAUGGAUUAUGCCUGCUCCAUUUUCCAGCAAUUGGAUGAACCUACCACAUUUCAUUUCAACACAAUGAUCAGAGGGUGUGUAAAUAACAUGAACUAUGAGAAUGCUAUAUACCUGUAUAAUUCUAUGCUUCAAAGAGAAGUUGAACCCGACAACUUCACGUACCCGGUAGUUCUCAAGGCUUGCGCUCGGUCAGCAGCAAUCGAGGAAGGAAUGCAGAUUCAUGGUCAUGUAUUCAAGCUAGGUAUGGAAGAUGAUGUAUUUGUACAGAAUAGCUUAAUCAAUAUGUACGGGAAGUGUCAGAAUAUCGAACGUUCUUGUGCUAUUUUUCGACGUAUGGAGCAAAAGAGUGUGGCUUCUUGGAGUGCUGUAAUUGCAGCUCAUGCUAGUCUUGGAUUGUGGUGGGAAUGUUUGAUGUUGUUUGAGUAUAUGAAUAGAGAAGGAUGUUGGAGGGCUGAGGAAAGUAUAUUAGUUACUGUGGUUUCUGCUUGCACUCAUUUGGGUGCCCUUCAUUUAGGAAGAUGUGCCCAUGGUUCACUAUUGAAGAACAUCACUGAACUAAAUGUUGCAGUUAUGACUUCCUUAAUGGAUAUGUAUGUGAAAUGUGGGUCUUUACAAAAAGGAUUGCGUCUCUUCCGGAACAUGACCAAAAAGAAUCAAUUAUCCUAUAGUGUCAUAAUCUCAGGGCUUGGCUUACAUGGACAUGGUAGACAAGCUCUAAAAAUCUUCUCAGAAAUGGUUGAAGAAGGGUUAGAGCCUGAUGAUGUUACCUAUGUUGGUGUUCUUAGUGCUUGUAGUCACUCUGGCCUUGUCGAUGAGGGUCUCAAUCUUUUCAAUAGGAUGAAGUUUGAGCACCGGAUUGAACCAACAAUGCAGCACUAUGGUUGUGUGGUAGACCUAAAGGGACGAGCGGGUUUGCUUGAAGAGGCAUUUGAGCUUGUCCAAAGUAUGCCUAUAAAAGCAAACGAUGUUGUUUGGCGGAGCCUUCUAAGUGCUUGUAAGAUUCAUGACAACUUAAAACUUGGUGAGAUAGCUGCAGAGAAUCUAUUCCGAAUGUCUUCGCACAAUCCUAGCGAUUACCUAGUUUUGUCUAAUAUGUAUGCCAGAGCUCGGCAAUGGGAGAAUGCAGCUAAGAUCAGGACAAAAAUGGUCAACGAUGGCUUGAUCCAAACACCAGGGUAUAGCUUGGUGGAGGUGAAAAGCAAGGUAUACAAAUUUGUUUCACAGGAUAAAUCGAACUGCAAAUUGGGUAAAAUCUACGAGAUGAUUCAUCAGAUGGAAUGGCAAUUGAGAUUUGAAGGCUAUAUGCCAGAUACAUCACAAGUUAUGCUUAAUGUAGAUGAAGAAGAAAAGAGAGAGAGAUUGAAAGGUCAUAGCCAGAAGUUGGCUAUAGCUUUUGCUCUCAUUCAUACAUCACAGGGAUCUGCCAUAAGGAUAAUUAGAAACCUGAGAAUGUGUAAUGACUGUCAUACAUACACUAAACUGAUUUCAAUGAUCUAUAGAAGAGAAAUUAUUGUAAGAGACCGGAAUCGGUUCCACCAUUUUAAAGAUGGAAACUGCUCUUGUAGGGAUUACUGGUGAAUCACUGAACUGUUCAACUAUGAUUUAUGGGAGAAAAACUUCCCCAUAUAUUUGCAUUUUAAAUUUCUAGAAUGUCUUAGCUUAGCACCUAGGGGAAGGUGGAGCGUUGACAAUGCUAUAUGAAGAAAUGGUAGAAAGCAAAUAAUAGGCAGAUGGAUGACAUUAACAAGA